AUGUUCGACGAUCUCGACGACGAUGAGCCCGAGGCGUGGCCGCGGGUGGAGCAGCGCCGGCUCGACGAGUCGUUGAGGUGCGCCAUAUGUGGCGAUCUCUUUGGCAUGCCCGUCAGCUUCGCCACGUGCACGCACACCUAUUGCUCGCUCUGCAUCCGGCGCACGCUCGAGUUCAAGAAGGAGUGCCCAACCUGCCGCACCGCCGGAGACGAGUCCGACCUGCGCCCGAACCACGCCCUGGAGACGGUGGUCGGAGCGUACAAGGCCGCGAGGGGCGAACUCCUGGCGUGCGCCAGAGUCGGGAACGGCACGACACCGCCCGUCGCGUCCGCGCCGCCCCCGAAAAGGCGAGCCGCGCGCGGAGGAGGGCGGGAGGCCGACGACGGAUCGAAUGGGAGAAGCGAGGGGCGGGGCGCGAGCGGAGCCGGACGAGCGGAGCCGGACGACCCGCCGCCCGCGGCCGCGAGGCGCUCGACCCGUCGAAGCGCGCAGGCGGACGCGGCCCCGGCGACGACGACACAGCUGGACCCGGCGACGACGAAGGCGAAGGACCGAUCGACCAAGAGGACCCGGUCGAGCGCGAGGGGCGCGGCGGCGGAGGACCUACCCGAACCCGGACGGACCAAGCGGCGGUCCGCGGGGAUCCGUCCGACGCAGGAGACGGAGACGGAAGAGGCGAACGGGAAAGAGAAAGUUGGACAGGAACUUGGACAGGGGGAGCAUGAAAUAGGGGAGGAAAUAGGGGAGGAGGAUGAGGAGGAGGAGAAGGAGGAGGAGAGUCCGCAAUCGCCGGCUUCUUGGCGAACGCAGGGAGACGACGACGCAGUCAGCGAGUCCGACUGGGACGGAGGCGACGGAUCGGCGGACGUCGUGGACCUCUCCGAAGACGGCGCGGACGCGGGGGCGCCGGCGGCGGACCCGGGCUCCGGACAGAACCAGAGGCCCGGCACGGUGAACUGCCCGAUCUGCGGGAUCGGGAUCCUCGAGGGGCUCAUCAACAGCCACAUCGACACCUGCCUGAUAAGAGCCUCGGAGGGCCGCGUCGGGGAGGUAUCCGCGGAGAAAGCGCCGAGGGGACGCGACGGCGCUGACCAGAACAUGGCGCCGCGAGCCUGCACCACGGCGAAGCUUCCCAAGCUCGUCUAUCACAUCAUGAAGGACAAGGCGCUGAAGAAGCUGCUCGCCGACGCGGGUCUGAACGCGACUGGCACGCGCGCGCAGAUGAUAUCGCGUCACAAGGAGUUCACCCUCAGGGUGAACGCCAGCAUAGACUCCGGUCACGAGCCCAACGUGGCGAACAUCGCCAGAGACGUGACCAAACUCGAGAGGGACAGGACCAGGGCGGAGAAGCCGAACGGAUUGGUGGUUGGGGCGCUACCGACGGCGGCGGCGGCGGAGACGAACAAGGCGGAUACGUUCAACAAACUCAUCGCCGCGGUUCGGGAAAGGUCGGCAAACUCGAAUCGGGAGUGA